GUACGCGAUCUGUGUGAAUGGUCAGACGCCAUUGUGUACACGUGCGUUGCGAAUUUAGACGACGAACAAUGUCCCAAGGCGGUGGCACUCCAUCGGCGGCAUCGGGUGGCAAUCCAACCAACAUCUUGCAACAUGGUGGCAAGGUCUUCAUACAGCGCGAUUACAGCGACGGCACCUCCGUCAAAUUCCACACACGGCUGCCAGCCGAACUGGAUGGCAUGAUUGAACGUCAUGUGUUCGAGGCAACGAUUAAUCGGCUCAACGAAUUCUAUGCGGAGGCAGAGGAGGGCUCCUGCGGCACCUACUGCGAGGGCUGCAUUGGCUGCAUUACGGCAUACUUGAUAUACAUGUGCUCCGAGACACAUUACGAAAAGACGUUGCGCAAGAUAUCCAAAUUUGUUGCUUCGCAGAAUGAGCGCAUUUAUAAUCCAAAGGGUCUGCAAUUGAUCGAUCCAACAUUUCGUGGUCUUCGCGUCAUAGAAAUUACCAUAUUCGAUCGUCCUGGGCGAACGUGACUUCCGCUUUCCCAUUCUGCCAAUGAGUUCUUCAUGUGAGACGACGGACGGACAGACGGACGGACGGACGACAACUAAACUCUGCUGUUACCAACAACAAACAAGUCAAAGCCAUUUUUUCCAAGAAAAACCAUCCUCUAUAAAUUAUGCAGCCUAAGCUUUAAAAACGUAUCAAAAAGAAAAGUGCAAGAUUUAUAUAAUAAUCAAGAAUUUAUGUGGAGCACGUGAAUUAGUCGAUAAGUUUAAUGCAGUUGUUGUAGUUGUUGGCAAAGACAAGAGUUUUAUGGUAACAAGUAUUUAUGCGUUAAGUGAAAAGCUACUGAAACUGCAUUUGAGCUAAAAUUAAACAUAGUUACAUAUAUUUACUUAUACACACACACACAUAUAUAUUUGCAUAUGUUAUUUUGUUUUUACUAAUCUAAUAAUUUGUUUAUAGAGUAUUUUAAUUUUAAAAAACUUGUCUAAAAUCAUUCUGCUUUAGUGCAAAUACAAAGUGUAUAAUUAUUGUAGCACAUAAAAAACCAAACAAAACAACAAUAACAGCAAAUAGGAAAAACCACUUGAAUAGUGGUAGUAAAGUACAUAUAUAUGCGUAAAGUUAAAUAUAAAUAUAUAUACAACAAGUCUUCAACGAUUUCAAAUAGCGCCAAAUGAACUUUCAUACAUAUACACACACACACACACACACACAUACAUAUAUAUAUAUAUAUAUAUAUAUAUAUAUAUAUAUAUAUAUAUAUACAACAUAUAUAUAACCAAGUGAAGAACUGUUCAUUUUUAAUAAAAGAAAAAAUCUACAUUAAAA